AGUGUGUUGCCGAAUCAAAUGCCAUCAUCGAUCCUCCAUCUAUUUCUCUCAUCUUUAGAUCAGUACUAGUCUCAUUGAAAACAAACCAUCUCUUCUUCUUCUUCUUCUUCACGCCGUCUCACUCACUCAAUCCUCAGCUUAACCCAACAAACACUUAUUUAACUGUCACUCCCUUUGCACUUGUUCCUUUAAAUCUUUACCCAAACCACCCUCUUUCUCUUCUCCAUUUCUCUGCCAAACACUCUCACUUUCUUUUGUAUAUGUCUCUGUUUUCUCCCUCACUCUGAUUCCACUGCUCCUUUCUUUUCAUGUUUUAUCAAACACUCUUGCAUACGUCUCACCUCUCUGCAUUGUUUUUUACUCACACCCGUUGUACAAAGUUUUGAUCUUUUUCUGAUUCAGCAUUUGGAUUCUUGAGGAUCAGGAGGAUCAUCUGGGUUUUCACGCAUUUGAUCAUCAUCUAAUUGGGGUUUCUAUGUGGAUUUGCCUUGGCUUCUAGACCAUAGACAAAUUGUGGCUGCAAUAUGGAAGGAGGGAGAACUGAACUAGAGUUUGAUGAGUUUGAGAAGCUCCUUGGUGAGAUACCGAAUGCUACUUCACAUUCUGAGGAAUCUGGCACCAAGGCUGUAUCCUUGAAUGGAAGUUUGUCUCCCAUUUAUGUCAAGUCCUCUUACAAAGGAGGGCCUCUGGGUAAAAAACUCAAUAACAAUAAUGGGAGGCUGGAUGAGGGAAAGAACUCAGUGAAGAAAAUUCAAAAAUCGCCUGCAAAACGGGUUCAACCAGCAGAGGUAUCAAAUCUGCCUGAUGACCAAUCCUUAACAUCUGCAUUUGCAGGACUCAGCUUUGAUGAUGGCCAAAUCCCAAACACCUUGAAGCCACAGCUUUCGAGUAUGGAUACUCCUCUUAUGGUUGUUCCACCUUUCCAAGCAGCAACUGGCAUAUCUUGUGGUUUUUACGAGUUUGAUUUCACAAACAUUGGCCAAGAAAGUUCAAACAUGUCAAAAUUCAGUUCAGAAGAGCUUAAGAAACCUCAAGUUCCUAUUGGAAAUUUGUCAUCAGCUGUGCCUGCAGCUCAUGCUGUACAAGGUUUUCAGUUCCUCUCAAAUGUGCCUGCUCCUGGUUUGCAGUUUCCUCUAACAUCUGAACAGCAGCAAUUCUUUUUGGAUGCACAAUCUCGUUUUCCAUACCUACAUUCACAACAACAUCAAGUUAGUUGGAGGAAUAUCCAAGAGGAACAAUAUUUUAGGAUGCAGCAGCGGUAUGUGUACUUGCAGCAACUUCAUGAUCAGCGGUUGGAAGCUCCAAAUAUGGUUCAAGACAGAGGCAACAUUGCUAGCAGACUAACUUGUCCGAACCCUAGGCACCCCCAUUUUGAGGUGCCAAUUUCUCACCGACUGGAGCAAUCUAAUCAAGAACAAAUUUGGAACAAUUAUGUGAUUCCUAGGGGUCCAAACCAAUCAAGUACUCCUGCACUAUCCUACACAGAUUUUAACAGGAUUCAUGUUCUUGACAAAGUGGGAAAACAGAAUGUUCCUGAGAAGAUUCUAACACGUUCACAUGGAAUGAACACAAUCAAAGCUGUGAAAUUUGGUGCUGUUGGAGCAGCAGAUGAAUCACUUGGUCAUGUUAGUCCUAAUGGAAAAGUUGUCUCAAAUGGUCAUCUCCGGCAUAACUUAUCUACCCCAAAUGCCGGUAACUUUCAAUUGGAUAAUGUGAGCACAUGGGGUAUGUUCCCUGGUAUAAUGCAUCUUAAGAGUACAGAUUUGAAGGCACUGCCUCAGAAGUAUAAUGAUACAAAGCCAUUGCCUCAGAAAUAUAGCUCAACGGAUGAAAUAACUGGCAGAAUUUAUCUCAUGGCUAAGGAUCAGCAUGGCUGCCGGUUCUUACAAAGAAAAUUUUCUGAAGGAGCACGAAAAGAUGUUGAGAAUAUAUUUCUUGAAAUCAUAGAUCACAUUGUUGAGCUCAUGACAGAUCCUUUUGGGAAUUACCUCAUCCAGAAGCUUCUUGAAGUGUGUGAUGAUGACCAGCAAAUGCAAAUUCUUCAUUCAAUCACAAAAAAAUCAGGAGAACUUGUUAAUAUUUCCUGUGAUAUGCAUGGGACAAGGGCUGUUCAAAAGGUUAUUGAAACUCUCAAAACUCCAGAGCAGUUUUCCAUGGUUGUUUCAUCACUAAAGCCUGGGAUAGUGAACUUGAUAAAGAACACAAAUGGCAACCACGUUGCGCAGCGCUGCUUGCAGUAUUUAACACCUGAAUAUCGUGAGUUUCUUUUUGAAGCUGCAACUAGUAAUUGUGUUGAGCUUGCAACCGACCGUCAUGGCUGUUGUGUGCUUCAAAAAUGUCUUAGUCAUUCUGAUGGUGAGCAAAGAGACCGAUUGAUCUGCAAGAUCACUUCCAAUGCACUAAUCCUUUCCCAAGAUCCAUUUGGGAACUAUGUCGUGCAAUUUGUCUUUGAGCUUCAGCUUCCAUGGGCGACAGUAGACAUUCUUGAGCAGUUGGAGGGUAAUUAUGGGGAUUUGUCUGUGCAGAAGUAUAGCAGUAAUGUGGUUGAAAAAAGCCUGAAAUACGCAGGUGAAGAGCGCCGCACUCACAUUAUUCAGGAACUGAUAGGGAAUAUGCGAUUGGACCAAAUCAUGCAAGACCCUUAUGGCAAUUAUGUUAUCCAAGCAGCUCUCAGUCAAUCAAAGGGAACCCUUCAUUCUAAACUGGUAGAAGCAAUAAAACCUCAUAUGCCAGUUCUCCGGACCAGUCCCUAUGGGAAGAAAAUCCUCUCUACCAAUAUUUUGAAGAAAUAAUCUUAUUGUUUUAUUGGUUUAAUUGUUCAAGAGAAUUCGUUCCUGUAAAAUGUGCAAUAAGCAGGUUUUGACUAUGUCAGAGCAAUGUCACAGUACUUUGGUCGAGAUCAACAUGUAUGUAGAUGAGCGGAUUUUUGUCCCUGUUUGUUUCCUUGCAUAGGAAUAAAGAAAAGUAGAGUUAUUUGAGCUGAGCUAAGGCUGGGGAAGUCGGAAGUGUACCAUGGUUAAUUGGGUUUCUUGACUGAAGCCAUAGCUAGUUGGGUGGUGUCAAGAUGUAUGUUUUUGUCAUGCAAAACAUUUCAGCAGUGUAAUCUAUUCUACAUCUAUAGAUACCAAGUUUAUCAAAGGUUUCUGUGUUGUUUUGCGUAUAU